AUGUUUCAAACUGGGGGCCUUGUUGUCUUCUAUGGGCUGCUGGCCCAGACCACGGUCCUGCUGGAAGCCCUGCCCUUGCCCCUGGACCAGGCACUGCCCUUGCCUAUGAUUCCGUCCCUGGCCUCGAGUCCCACAGAUCUUGCUGGAAGCUUGACAAGUGGUCUCAGCAAUGGCCUGCUCUCUGGGGAUCUAUUGGACAUUCUCGAAAACCUUCCGCUCUUGGACAUCCAGAAGACUGGAGGGAACACUCCCAGAGGCCUGCUGGGGGGCCUGCUUGGGAAAGCGACCUUACUGACUCCUCUCCUGAACAACAUCGUUGAUAUGAAGAUCACUGAUCCGCAGCUGCUGGAACCUGUCCUCCUGCAGAGCCCUGAUGGCCAACGUCACUAUGUCACCAUCCCUCUGGACAUGGUCCUCAAUGUGAAAGUGCCCUUGGUCGGAAGUCCAUUGAAGCUGGCUAUGAAGCUAAACAUCACUGCAGAACUCUUAGCUGUGAAAGAUGAACAGGAGAAGUUCCACCUCGUCCAUUGCAACUGCACUUUCUCCUCUGGCAGCCUGCAAAUCUCCCUGCUUGAUGGAUUGGGCGCCCUCCCCAGUGAAAGCCUGAUUGACAGCAUCACUGGGAUCUUGAAUAAUGUCCUUCCUGGGCUGGUGCAGGGCAAGGUGUGCCCUCUGCUCAGUGAGGCUCUCGGUCACUUGGACACCACUCUAGUAAACUCCACUGUCAACUCACCGAUCUACGGGCUGGAAUCAAGGUCUAAGCCUUCCAGGAAGGGACCUGGCCUCUGCUGA